UGGCUGGACCAGGAGAAGGGGGCGUUGUCCCAGUCAGUGGUAGUGACCACUCUCUUGUUUUUGCAGUUCCUGACCAGGCUGACCGAGAGGUUCGUGCUGGGGGUGGACAUGUUCAUCGAAACGCUGUGGAAAGUUUGGAUGGAGCUCUUGGAUGUUCUUGGACUUGAUGUCUCGAACCUGUCCCAGUAUUUCAGCCCGGCCUCGGUGGCCAACAGCCCGGCCCGCGCCCUCUUGCUGGUGGGCGUCGUCCUCCUGGCCUACUGGUUCCUGUCUCUGACGCUGGGCUUCACCUUCAGCCUCCUGCACGUGGUGUUCGGCCACUUCUUCUGGAUCGCCCGGGUCAUCCUGUUUUCCAUGUCCUGCGUCUACGUCCUGCACAAGUACGAGGGGGAGCCGGAGAACGCAGUCCUGCCCCUGUGCUUCGUGGUGGCCAUCUACUUCAUGACCGGGCCCAUGGGCUGCUACUGGCGCAGCAGCCCCAGUGGCCCCAGCGUGGAGGAGAAGCUGGAGCACCUGGAGAGCCAGGUCAGACUGCUCAACAUCCGCCUCAACAAAGUGCUGGAGAGUCUCGACCGCACCAACGGCAAGUGACAAUCAGCCAGCCGGCCGGGUCCCCCCGUACCAGCGCCCUGCCUCAGAAAGCAAAAAAGAAGAAGGAAAAAAAAAACGGCAAAGCCCAAACAGUCCUAAUAAACAUUCCCGAGCAGCGACCGGGGCGCUUUGCGAGGGCAUUUCCGGCCACGUGUCAACCCCUGGGACACGUUCCCAGAGGAAUGACAGGAUCGUUUACGCGGAACUACCCGCGGAGGGUCGUUAGUGGGGGAAGAAAUAUUUUUUAAAACAAAGGAUAUAACCAUAUUAGCUGUAUGGUAAGAGUUUAUCUGUGCAUAGUGCAUAAAGUUAAUUUUUUCAAGCACUUAAAUACAUCUUUUGUAAGGUUUUUUAAUAAAGGCAGAUCGAGUCGAGUUUAAUAAAACUUUACACUGAGGGGGAGAAUAUGCUAAUCGGACAUUUUAGACGAAGAGUUCCAGCGCCACUGUUUGUUGUCACGGCAUAGGGAUUGGUGGGUGAGGUCUGUGUGCGUUCUUCUCAUGUUCCAAAACCGUGAACUUCGUUUUAUGUCAUUUUUGGUUGACGGUGACUCAGCUGAUGGAUGUCGUUGUUUCUGGAUGUGGGUGGUUGGGGUCCAGGGCGAAACUAAACAUCUUCUGGGUCCUCGUGACCCCAGCCAGGCCCCCGUCAAUUAUAUUUCUAAAUGGAGAAAGAGAUCGUUAUUCAUAGAAAACCUGAGAUCGUUUGUUUCUGUUUUGGUUUUCCCUUUCUGAACUUUGAUGUUUUUAACCUCCGCGUUUUGUAAGGGAAGAUCCAAGGACCAAGCAAAGAAAUGUCUUUGGAGUUCGAUGCCGA